CUCGUUGCGGAAGUUGAAGAGGAUCCAAGAAUAGAUCCGCUCGCUGUGUGUAAUUUCUAGAGCAGAACCCCGAGUGAAAUGAAACGCCCUAUUGCAGAAUGACACUUGGAUGUCACCCCGGCGAACCCUGCCAAGCUGAAUACGAAGCUCCUAACGCUCAGGAAGUGGAAUUUGUGGUUUUGGGGGCUGAGCUCUGAAGGAGUUGAGAAAAAAAAGGGCAAAGUCAAACACCAGCUCUCCUUAAGGGAGGCUAAAUUUAAAGUCACCUAAACUAGCAGCCUGUGUGGCACAAAGCUGUCUGCAGCCACGCUUCCAAAUGAGCACAGCCAAGGCUGGGGAUUUAAGGCGAUUCACGGGUGGCGCCGCCAGUGAUUUGGGGUGUCCGGGGCGCGGACGCAGUCGCGGAGAGUGACAGGCGCCUCGCCUUGCAGGAGCAGCCUCACCAUGCCGAGGUCUUUCCUGGUGAAGAGUAAGAAGGCGCACAGCUACCACCAGCCCCGCUCUCCGGACGAGGACUACAGCCUGCGCCUGGAGAGCGUGCUGGCCCAGAUCUGUGCAGACAGUAAGAUCCCGGGAGAGACGGGUCUGUGCAGCUCCGGCCUCCGGGACCCGGAGCCCCCCCGGGGCCGCUCCUCCCCGGAAUCCCACCUAAGCGAGACCGUCGAUGGCGCUUCCGACUCGGCUCCCAGCUGCGAGGGCAGCGUCUGCGACAGAGCGUCGGAGUUCGAGGACUUCUGGAGACCCCCGUCCCCGUCUGUCUCGCCAGCGUCUGAGCGUUCUGUCUGCCCCUCCCUGGAUGAGGCGCCCCCAUUCUCAGUGCCCUUCAAGCCAUAUGCAUGGAGCACCCUGGGCAGCUCUGAGCUGAGGCAUUUGGUGCAGAACUACAGGCCCUGCCCAACGUUGGAGCGUAGCUCAGCCCUGGGGCUCUUCUGUGAGCGGAGCUCGGAGUCUGCCCUCUUUGGUGCAGACUGUGGCUCAGCCCUGAGACUUUAUAGUGACUUCAGCUCCCCUGGGCUGGGACUCUUCGAGCGGCCAUCAGCAGCAACACCCGGCCUCUAUGCAGAGGCCCAGCCUGGGCUGCAGCAGGAGAAAGGCCCAGGCGGGAUCAAGGUGGAGUCAGAGCUUCUGUGCCGCCCAAUGCUGAUCAGCACUGGCUCCUACAAGUGCGUCAAGUGCAGCAAGGUCUUCUCCACCCCACAUGGCCUGGAGGUGCAUGUACGCCGCUCGCACAGCGGCACCAGACCCUUUGCCUGUGACAUGUGUGGCAAGACCUUCGGCCAUGCGGUCAGCCUGGAGCAGCACAAGACUGUGCACUCCCAGGAACGCAGCUUUGAUUGUAAGAUCUGCGGCAAGAGCUUUAAGAGAUCUUCCACCCUGUCCACCCACCUGCUCAUCCACUCGGACACCCGGCCCUACCCGUGUCAGUAUUGUGGGAAACGGUUCCACCAGAAAUCUGACAUGAAGAAACACACUUUCAUUCACACAGGUGAGAAGCCCCACAAGUGCCAGGUGUGUGGGAAAGCCUUCAGCCAGAGUUCAAACCUCAUCACCCAUAGUCGUAAGCACACCGGCUUCAAGCCCUUUGGCUGCGAUCUGUGUGGCAAAGGCUUCCAGAGGAAGGUGGAUUUAAGGAGACAUCGGGAGACACAACACGGUCUGAAAUGAGACCCAGCUGCGAUACAGAAAGCACCUACAACACUAUGUGAAGAGACUCUCUUCCUUCCCUGAUGGCCCUGAGUCAUGCCCUUUAGCACAGACCCUGGCAUUACUUUUUGGGGAAGGAUCUCAGGGAGGAUAGGAUGGGACACAGCUUUGAAAGUUCAACCAGAAGGACUCUGAAAGUGGAUCUGAAAGGCUGGACUUUCUCUCUCACAACACUGGAAAAUAAAUAUUUCCAUCUGAAACCUGAAGCUCCAAGUGUGGAUAAGCUAGAAAAUAUCGGUGAACUGGAAAGUCCUUCACCCAUGGCAAAGAUGAAUUCCUUCAUCUUUUUAUUUUUGAAAUUAACUUGCAGGGAAACAGAGUUUACAUGAUAAACACACUGAGCUGUUAGGUAAUGUUAUGAAAAGUGCUUGCUUUUGUUGAGUUUAACUGUUAAAUAGCUUUAUUGAUCAUUCUCUGUCUGGAGGGCUUGUAGUGGAGGAGCUGGACUGAUAUCUCGUGGCAUUCAGCACCAAGGAAUCAGCUUGGGCUUGGUGCUGAUCUCACUUAUACUGGUGUAAAUCGGGACUUACACUGCUGUAAAACUAGUGUGAGAAGAGAAUCAGGCCCUUGUCUCCUGUCCUUCCAGCUCUCUCUGUCUGUCUGUAUAGACAAGGCCUGGUUGGGUGAGUGUGUGUGUGUGUGUUUGUGUGUGUGUUAGGAGUAGGGUUGCUUGUCUGAAAAGGUUGGGAUUUUGCUCUACAUCAGUUGGGGAAGGAGAAGCCUAUGAAGGACUCAACAGGAAAAGCCAAAGCACAGAGUAAUGCCUUAUAACUAGGAACUCCUGAGAACAACAGAUUGCCCCUGACUGAAAAGAACAGGACCAAAUAGAAGGCAUGGGCUUUCUGUCCAGAAUGACCAUCAGCACCAGCACUCUGGGUUUGAUUAUAAAUAACUGGGAAGGAGCUAACAAGUUACUGAUAGACUUGUUUGUAUAUUAGGGUUUUUUAUUUUUAUUUUUAUUUUUAAAUGCUACCAUGCCGAGGGUGGGCAGGAAUAAUUAUGGACCUGUAAUUGAUUGAAUUUGCCUUAAAUGACCCUGUGUGUACCUCAGUGGAAAAAUAUGCUGUUUUUACUUUGUUGGCAGGAUUGUAAAUGUCUUUAUUUAGAUUUUAUGGAGUGUCUUAUGUUUAUUGGUACAUAUUUAUUGGAAUAAUGUUUUAAAUUAAUAAAGUAUUGAGGAUCCUC